AUGCCGUCCGUUGUCACCGUUGGUGGUGCUAAUGUUCCUCUAGUCGUUUCCAAACCCACUGUGACUACAGGCCGAACGAAGGCGGCUAGUCAUAAUAGACGGAAACAGGAAGCUACUUUCGUCUGUCCUGUUCCAGGAUGCGGCAGUACAUUCACUAGAAGUUUCAAUCUAAAAGGUCACAUUCGAUCUCAUAACGAGGAAAAGCCAUUCCUUUGCCACUGGCCAGGAUGCAACAAAGGUUUCGCACGUCAACACGACUGCAAGCGUCAUGAACAGCUUCAUACAAAUUACCGUCCCUUUACUUGUGAAGGCUGCCAGAAACCUUUUGCUCGAAUGGAUGCGCUCAACAGACAUCGUGAGUUAUUUCCGAGGUUAUACAUAGUCACAUCAUGA